UACGCCAUGGUUUCCCCUAUCAACCUUCAGCCUUGGCAUUUGAUCCUGUUCAGAAAAUACUGGCCAUCGGGACUCAGACUGGAGCACUACGGCUCUUUGGUCGGCCAGGAGUUGAAUGCUACUGCCAACAUGACAGUGGAGCUGCAGUAAUCCAGCUUCAGUUCCUAAUUAAUGAGGGAGCUCUUGUGAGUGCCUUGGCUGAUGAUACCUUACACCUGUGGAACUUACGUCAGAAGAGACCUGCUAUACUUCAUUCACUCAAAUUUAACCGAGAACGAAUAACAUUUUGUCAUCUGCCUUUCCAAAGUAAAUGGCUAUAUGUGGGUACCGAAAGAGGAAACAUUCACAUUGUCAAUGUGGAAUCAUUUACUCUCUCAGGCUAUGUCAUCAUGUGGAAUAAAGCCAUUGAACUGUCAUCCAAAUCUCACCCAGGACCUAUUGUCCACAUUAGUGACAAUCCAAUGGAUGAAGGAAAGCUUCUAAUUGGCUUUGAGUCUGGAACAGUGGUAUUAUGGGAUCUGAAGUCAAAGAAGGCAGAUUACAGAUACACACAUGAUGAGGCUAUCCAUUCUGUGGCUUGGCAUCAUGAAGGAAAACAAUUUAUUUGUAGUCACUCAGAUGGUACCUUGACCAUAUGGAAUGUAAAAUCUCCUACUAAACCAUUCCAGACAAUCACUCCACACGGAAAGCAGCUGAAGGAUGGAAAGAAGCCAGAACCCUGCAAACCUAUCCUUAAAGUGGAAUAUAAAACAACUAGAGCUGGGGAGCCUUUCAUCAUUCUCUCAGGAGGCUUGUCAUAUGACACUGUAGGAAGAAGACCCUGUUUAACAGUUAUGCAUGGGAAAAGUACUGCUGUGCUAGAAAUGGAUUAUUCUAUUGUUGAUUUUCUAACCCUCUGUGAAACGCCAUAUCCUAAUGACUUUCAGGAACCAUAUGCUGUAGUUGUUCUUCUAGAAAAGGACUUAGUACUGAUUGACCUUGCACAAAAUGGGUACCCUAUAUUUGAGAAUCCCUAUCCUUUGACUAUACAUGAAUCUCCGGUUACCUGUUGUGAAUAUUUUGCUGAUUGUCCUGUGGACCUCAUACCUGCACUCUAUUCAGUUGGCGCUCGACAGAAACGUCAAGGUUACAGUAAGAAGGAAUGGCCUAUCAGUGGAGGCAACUGGGGUUUGAUCACUCAGAGCUAUCCAGAGAUAAUUAUUACAGGGCAUGCUGAUGGGUCAAUCAAGUUUUGGGAUGCCUCAGCAAUAACGCUGCAAGUACUCUAUAAGCUAAAAACAGCCAAAGUAUUUGAAAAAUCACGGAAUAAAGAUGACAGGCCAAACACAGAUAUAGUAGAUGAAGAUCCAUAUGCUAUUCAGAUCAUCUCAUGGUGUCCAGAAAGUAGAAUGCUGUGCAUAGCUGGAGUUUCUGCACAUGUCAUUAUUUACAGGUUCAGCAAGCAGGAAGUGACAACAGAAGUCAUUCCGAUGCUGGAAGUACGUCUGUUAUAUGAAAUAAAUGAUGUUGAAUCUCCAGAUGGUGAGCAGGUGCCACCUUUACCAACUCCAGGCACAGGUUCCAAUCCUCAAUCCAUUGUUCCCCAGUCUCAUCCAUCUACUAGUAGCAGUUCAUCUGAUGGACUACGUGAUAAUGUCCCAUGUUUAAAAGUUAAAAAUUCUCCUCUCAAGCAAUCUCCAGGCUACCAAAUUGAGCUAGUUAUUCAGCUAGUGUGGGUGAGUGGAGAACCUCCUCAACAGAUAACCAGCUUAGCAGUCAACUCGGCGUACGGCCUAGUAGUUUUUGGAAACUGUAAUGGUAUUGCCAUGGUUGAUUACCUCCAGAAGACAGUGCUCUUGAAUCUAGGCACUAUUGAACUAUAUGGCUCCAACGAUCCUUAUCGCAGGGAGCCACGAUCUCCCCGAAAAACUCGGCAACCGUCUGGAGGUCUUUGUGAUAUUAAUGAAGGUACAAUGGUGCCAGAAGACCGCUGCAAAUCACCCACUUCAGGUUCUGGUUCACCAAACAAUUCUGAUGAUGAUGAUCAAAAAAUGAAUAAUUUUAUAGAAAAGGUGAAGACCAAAAGCAGAAAGUUUUCCAAGAUGGUAGCCAAUGACAUAGCAAAGAUGUCCAGGAAGCUAAGUUUGCCAACUGAGUUAAAGCCUGAUUUAGAUGUCAAAGACAACUCUUUCAGUCGAUCCCGGAGUUCUAGUGUAACUAGCAUUGAUAAAGAGUCACGCGAGGCAAUUUCAGCUCUUCAUUUCUGUGAGACUUUCACAAGAAAGGCUGAUACAUCACCUUCCCCAUGCCUGUGGGUUGGGACCACACUGGGUACAGUGCUUGUCAUUGUACUGAACUUACCCCCGGGAGGAGAGCAAAGACUUCUUCAGCCAGUAAUUGUUUCUCCUAGUGGAACCAUCCUGAGGCUAAAAGGGGCAAUCUUGAGAAUGGCUUUUCUGGAUACCACAGGGUCUUUAGUGCCACCAGCACAUGAACCUUGGAGAGAACACAAUGUUCCUGAAGAUAAAGAUGAAAAAGAUAAAUCGAAAAAGCGACGACCUGUCUCAGUGUCCCCCUCUUCCUCUCAGGAAAUCAGUGAAAACCAAUAUGCAGUCAUAUGUUCGGAAAAGCAAGCAAAAGUUAUCUCACUGCCAUCACAGAACUGUAUUUAUAAGCAAAACAUAACAGAGACUUCUUUUGUUCUUCGUGGAGAUAUAGUGUCAUUGAGUAACAGUAUCUGCCUUGCAUGUUUCUGUGCCAAUGGACAUAUUAUGACGUUUAGUUUGCCAAGUUUAAGGCCAUUGUUGGAUGUGUAUUACCUGCCACUCACCAAUAUGCGGAUAGCCAGAACAUUCUGCUUCACCAAUAAUGGACAAGCACUCUAUCUUGUCUCACCAACUGAAAUACAGAGGCUCACCUACAGUCAAGAAACAUGUGAAAACCUUCAGGAAAUGUUGGGUGAGCUCUUCACUCCUGUAGAAACACCAGAAGCACCGAACAGGGGGUUCUUUAAAGGCCUGUUCGGAGGUGGGGCACAGUCACUUGACAGAGAAGAACUUUUUGGAGAAUCAGCAUCAGGGAAGGCAUCAAGAAGUCUUGCCCAGCAUAUUCCAGGGCCUGGGGGUAUUGAAGGUGUCAAAGGAGCAGCAUCUGGUGUCGUUGGUGAACUAGCACGAGCCCGGUUGGCACUAGAUGAAAGAGGACAGAAACUAGGAGAACUGGAAGAAAAAACUGCAGCUAUGCUUUACAGUGCUGAUUCUUUCUCUAAACACGCUCAUGAGAUGAUGUUGAAGUACAAAGACAAGAAGUGGUACCAAUUCUGAUGACACUCAUCAAUUACAUCUGUUUAAUUUUGUCCUGAUGAAAAAAAUCUUGGUUUUUCAUUAAUUUUGGCAGGACCAUUGAAAUUUAAAGGAGUAUUCACCAUUGGAUACUGUUGUUUCCUAGCACAAAUCACACACUGUUUUACCUCAGUCGUGGCUUUAACUGAGGAGCUUUAUAUUUAAAAGAAACACACAAAAAACAAACUUGAGUGUUUCUUAGCUGUUGGUUAGCUGAGAGUUGGAACAGAGAAGGUAACUAGAACAUGUGGAAAAGAGAGUAAAAGGAAAACGUAGUGUGAGAUGGGCAGGGGCAAUGCAGGGUCAAUCCUGUGUUAAUAUUUCAUAUGCCAAAAGUUUUUGUGCUAUUGUAACUGCUGCCAGUGUUAUACCCUCCUGUGAGGAGAGGCAAUAAAUCAGGGGUCCAAGAGCUGGAAUAAAGUUGUUUGUCUUGCUGGACAGUAGCUGACUUACACUUACCCUCUCUAGGACUCACUGUAUUUACCAUUAUUGUUGAAGAAGAGUUGAAGUUUGCUGUCACUUCUUUCAUCGGAAAAGCUGGAAGCUUGGAAGAUUUCAUGUUGAAAAUUGUAUACAUAGUUGACCUGUGCAUAGUCUUUUCUUGGACCCCUGAUCUAGUAUUCUUGUAUUCACAUCAUAUUCUGUGAAGUGCAAAACAAGAAAAUACACAACUUUUGCAUUAAAGUCAAGUGAAUAAUAUGA